UUUCCAGAAGCUGAGCAAUCAGAUGUCAAUCAUAAAAAUGCAGGAUCUUGUUCUUUACCUGCAAUAGAUGUCAGUUUUGGAAAAGGAAAUUGCCAGGGAGCUUUACAAGGCACAGUUAAGAAAGCUGAAAAACAAAUAGAGGCUGAGCAAUUUCUCAUCAAUGCCUCAACAUUUCGAAAAGGAAAUUGCCAGGGAGCUUUACAAGGCACAGUUAAGAAAGCUGAAAAACAAAUAGAGGCUGAGCAAUUUCUCAUCAAUGCCUCAACAUUUCGAACAACAGAAUGUGUACAAACAGAGACCAAUCAAUUACAUGUACCGGUAGAUGUCAAUCAGAAGAACAAUAUUGAUUCUUGCUCUUUACCGAAAAUUGCAGUGAACGAUGUAAGUUUUGGUGAAGAGAUUGGCAGGGGAGCAUUUGGAACAGUGAGGAAAGCCGAGUGGUUGGGAACCGAGGUGGCAGUGAAAGAGAUAUUAGUCAUACGAAUGAAACUCGCAAAGCCACUCAUCAAACAUGAGUUGGCAAUUCACAGUACAGUAAGGCAUCCAAACAUCAUUCAAAUAAUGGCUUAUGGUCUUGAAAAUAACAAGCUUUUUAUGGUUUCAGAGUUAAACAACGGAAAAAAUCUUGAUGAUGUCAUAUUUGGUGAAGAAUAUGAGAACAAACUUUCAUAUGAUACUAAGCAUUACAUUGCUAGAAAUGUUCUUCAGGCUGUAGCUUAUUUGCACAAUCAGGUUCCAGCCAUCAUUCUUAGAGAUAUCAAACCUGAAAACAUACUAAAGUCAGAUGAUUUAAAAAGAAUCCGUUUGUGUGACCUUGCGAUUAGUAAGUUUAAAACAAUGAAUACAAUUAUGGUAACAACGUCAGAUGGUACAACACGACCUGGAACACCGACCUACCAGGCACCUGAAGUACUCCUUGAAAGAAGAAGUGGCUAUAUCUACUCAGAUAUGUGUAGUGUUGGGUGUACAGUUUUGGAAUUGUUUCUGGAGGUACCUGCCUGAUCAGUUCCUGUGGAUACUGAUCCUGUGGCCUACAUUGUUGGUUGCAUGAAAGAAAAAAUACAGCCAGAUUCUUUGCAAGACUUUGCAACAAAAUUGGUUGAGUUGGUAAAUUCUUGUUGCUGUUAUGAUGUAAAAACUCGUCAAAAUGCUUUGGAAAUGCUUAAAGGGUUUAAACAAAAUUUGUAAAAAAGCAUGUGUCAGUUUUUAUCCGAACAACAAAAUACAUGAACCAUUUAAAGAAUAUAAUUGCAUGUAUUCAUUUAGUUUAAAACAUUGCUUAAUAGUUGACAAUUUUAUUUCAAGUUUGUUUCCUUAAAAAAAUUAUAUUAUAUAUUUGCUGAAUUAGGGUCAGAUUCCACCCAUAAAUUACUAUCAGAUUUAUGCUGUUAUUGACAAACAUUUAUAUGAAAAGUGCUAAGAUGAUCUUGACUAUUAUUUUUCUUUGACAUCAUGUUCAUUGCUAUGAUAAGUGGGUGCGUUUUCAUAUCAUGAGUUCUAUGAGCAGAAAUUGGGGUUUUUGUUUGCAAGUACAAUGGAAAGUUGUAUUUAUGUCAGAGAAAUACUUGAAAAGAUCAUUUUAAUGAUGGAAGAUAUUUUAGCUCACCUGAGCCGAAGACUCAAGUGAGUUUUUCUGACCACAAUUUGUCUGUUGGCAGAGGCAACAUUGUUUUAUAAUCAUAUUUUAUUUUAUGCUAUCAAUACGAUGACUUCUUCAAAUAAAAAAGUUUUUU